AUGGAACCAGAGCCGUCCCUUGGCGCUCUCCUCAAGGCUAUCACAGCCCUCACCGCCACAGUUGGGUCCUUACAGGACCAAGUCAAAGCCCAAGGCCAACAGCUCAUUGAGCUUAAAGCCAUAUGCAAGGAGACUGCCAACUUACUUGGCAACAAGGAUCAAGGAGGAGUCCAAACCCAGCCUGGCCCAUCAACUGGGCCUGUCACCCCUCCAACCCACACAGGAGGGGAGACCCACACUCCAGGCAUGGUUAGGCCUGGGCUCAAGGCCCCAUUCAGGCCUUCAAGAGGAACAGGUUUUGACUCCAAAGAAGAUGAGGACCCAAGACAAGGCCCCAAGAAAGAGCCUCUGGGAACGCCUAAAUGCUCCCUUAGUUCCCUUACCCCUUUUGACUCCAGGUCCAGCAUAAAACAACCCAAAAUGGAGCUUCCAGACCCCUACAAAGGCAACACUAGGGGACAGAAGGCCACACAGUGGCUUGAUCAAAUGCUUCUUUGGGUUGCCCUCCACAGGGAUCAGUUUGACAAGGAGGAACAGAUGGUGGUAUGGAUUUUAUACCACAUGACAGACAAGGCUGCCAACUGGGCCCUCCCCAUCAUUGGAACCAUCAUCAAGGGCAAGGGGAAUCCUCCUACCACCAUCCUGGUCCUAACGGCCAAAUUCAAGGAGGCAUUUGCCGACCCCAAUGCCAAGAGAGCAGCAGCCAGGAAAAUAGCUACCCUGGCCCAAACCACCACCACCUCCAAGUAUGUCACAGAGUUCCGCAAUCUCAUGGCGGAAUUAGACUGGAAUGAGGAAGCCUACAUUGCGCAAUUCAUGCAAGGCCUCCACUGGAAGGUUAAGGAAUUGUUGUCUACCAAAGAUAGCAUUCUGGACAAACUUGAAGCCAUUUUUGCAGCAGCCAUCAAAAUUGACAACAUCCGCUGCAAAAAUGAGGAAAAUCGGCCUAAAAAGGCCCCCGCCAAGUCCCUGGCCACCGUGGCCACCUCCACUUCCACUACUACCACACAGCGGGUCCAUCUAUCAGAGGAUCCCAACUACGUCACGCUGGAGGAAAGGGACUGUUGCCAAGCAUCAGGUCUUUGCGUAAAAUGCAGCCAGAAGGGACAUGGGAUCAAACAAUGUCCCAAUGGCUGGAAGGCAACCCCCAAGGAAUCUGCAAAGGUUGCUCAGGACAAGUUGGAAAAAGAAUGA